AUGACGCCAGGCUGUGGCUGUGCUGCUACGUUCAAGACACAAUCCGUUCUCAGCUCUUCAUACAUCUUGCCCAUGUCGCAGUCAUUGCAAUUCCCUUCCUCAUUUGUCACGCCGUGGAAGGACCUGCUCCUCUCUCACCAAAACGAGCGCUCUCGCGAUGCUCCCAACUAUCACAGCGCCGACGCCAUCGACUCUCUGCUGACGACCAGCACGCCAAAUUUGCUCUACGUGGGCACCGGCCACUCUAUAUUUACACGCGCAAUUCUGCCCGCCAUUGCGUCUGCCAAACACUCAAUCCAUUUCGUCACCUGUUACUGGGCCGCCUCGCCCUCUCUCGAUGGCAUCCGUCAGACUCUCCUCCAGCUUGCCGAAGCGCGUUCAAGAUCGGCAGAGACUCUGACUACCCUCAAUGUGAGCAUUGGGUUCUCGUCUUGGGGCCUAUUUCAGAAGCUGUUCCAUACAGCAGCGCCUGAAGGGUGCGUGUACCCCCCUUCGCGAUGGGCUAAACUGGGCUUGCCGGAUGAGGAGGCGCUGAGAAAAGGGGGCAUCGAGAUGACGGUGAAGAGUCUCUUUUUCACGCCGCUGAGCGUGAUGCACCCGAAAUACGUCAUCAUCGAUGAAGCCAAGGCGUGGAUUCCGAGCUGCAAUGUGAGCUGGGAGCGGUGGUUUGAAGGUUGCGUGGAGCUUGAGGGCGAGUUUAUCCAUAGGCUGCUGGCUUUCCAUGCCCGAGUUUGGGGUGCAAGAGUUGAUAUGGCAAAACCACAUGAUAAUGAUCACAUUGAGCUUGCAAGAAGAGAGGCAGAAAAUAGAGGCGCGAUUCAGGGCGUGGACGAAGAAGGUCUGCUAGUCGAAACCUCAAGCUCAUCACCGCUUACCGAGGGCGACGACGAUGAUCGCUCGGCAACACAAUGCAUUCACUUCACUGCUGUUGCUCCAACUCCGACCAUCUUCUUACCGUCACCGCAUCAUCGAAACCCCCGAUUCAAAUUCUUCUUCCCUUUCUUCUCUCAAUCUAAUCCGCCAAUGACUCCCCUCAACGCCGCGCUGCUCACUCUUUUUGCCAAUGCUUAUCACGAAAUCCACCUUGUUACGCCAAAUCUCACUUCAUGGCCGGUUAUAGAAGCCUUAUUAGAGGCCUUAUCUCGAGGAGUCAACGUCCAAGUCCGCACGGGGCGGAAUAUGAUGGUGAUUGAGCAGCUCAUUACCGCUGGGACAACUACAUCAUGGUGUCUCCGCCGCUUUGUUAAAAAGUACCAAGCUCUGUGUAAGCGCCGCACUCAGAAUCGCGACCCCGAGGCUCAGCUAGUAUCCCCUGGGCAUCUAGAGAUAUUUUAUUAUAAGCAGCUCGACGACAGAGCCAAGCUUGAAGACGAGCCCGUCUUUAGCCAUUUCAAGAUGACAAUGGUGGAUGGAGAGUAUCUCAUGCUAGGUUCGGGAAACAUGGAUAGAGCUAGUUGGUGGACGAGUCAAGAGAUUGGCGUGCUGUUUUACAUGCCGGGACUGAGGGAAAGGAGAGUAUGGGAGAAUGUGCUGGAGAAGAGGGCCGAAUUAGUGUUUCGGAGCAAGGAUAGGUGA